UUCCGGUUCCGGUGUAAACACGGCAGUGAAGGCGUCGGUGGCGCGGCUAGGCCCGGAGGCCGUCGUUGUUGCGGCGCGGGCAUGUCGGACUCUGAGAGCGAGGAGGAGGGCGGCGGAGGCCGGUCGGCGCCCUUCUCCCUGGCCGGCUUCCUCUUCGGCAACAUCAACGAGCAGGGCCAGCUGGAGGGGGAAGGGCUGCUGGACCAGGAAUCCAAAAACCAUUUGGCUGGACUUGGGGCACUGGGCCUGGGGAGCCUCAUCACUGAAAUUACAGCUGCUGAAGACGAUUCCUCUGAGACCGACGGAUCCCAACUAGAUGAAGAAGGCUGGGUUAAGAGCACUGAAGAUGCUGUUGAUUAUUCUGAUAUUACCGAGGUGGCUGAAGAUGAGAGCCGCAGGUACCGCCAGGCAAUGGGCAACCUUCAGCCAGUUCAGAGGGCAGAUGACGAUGACGACUAUGAUGCUGACUCAGAAGAUAUUGAUUCCAAGCUGAUGCCUCCUCCUCCACCUCCAGUGCCGUUGAAAAAAGAGGAUGAAAAGGAUUCAGGUGGCUCUGGGCCUGAAGAUAGUGGUGGUAUCAUUCUGCCCUCCAUCAUUGCUUCGUCGUCCGUUGCUUCGGAGAAGUCGGAUUUCAGCAGCUCUUCUGAUUCCGAAUCAGAGACGGGGUCUCAGGACUCGAGGAAGGCCGAUUCCAAGGAAGGCAAGCUCACGCUGCCACUUGCAGGGAUCAUGCAGCGAGAUGCCACCAGAGUGCUACCCAGCGUAACGGAGCUCUUCCCUGAAUUUCGGCCAGGCAAGGUGUUGCGGUUCCUGCGCCUCUUUGGCCCCGGGAAGAACAUCCCAUCUGUCUGGCGGAGUGCCCGCAGGAAGCGCAAAAAGAAGCACCGGGAAUUAAUCCCGGAAGUGCAGAUCCAGGAGGGAGAAACCAUGACCGAGGCAGGCGUGGAAGGGAAAUCUCCCUGGGAAUACGAAUAUGCCCCGCCUCCGCCUCCAGAGCAGUGCCUUUCUGAUGAUGAGAUCACCAUGAUGGCCCCCGUGGAGUCCAAGUUCUCCCAGUCUACGGGAGAUCCAGACAAAGUGGCAGAUACCAGGCCCAAGGUGGCGGAAUGGCGCUAUGGGCCAGCCCAACUUUGGUACGACAUGCUGGACAUCCCUGAGGAUGGCAGUGGCUUUGACUAUGGCUUCAAGCUGAAAGAUCCCACCGAGGAGGAGGAGGAGGAGGAGCAGGAGAGCACUGAGGCUGAGAAGGACGAGCUGCUGGCCGACGAGCACUUCCUCAUGGUCACCCAACUGCAGUGGGAGGACGACGUGAUCUGGAACGGGGAGGACAUCAAGCACAAGGGGACCAAAACCCAGCGAGCCAGUCUGGCCGGCUGGCUGCCCUCCAGCAUGACCCGGAAUGCCACUGCCUACAACGCCCAGCAAGGGCUGAACCGCAGCGGCUCUCUGCUCAAUUUGCCCGUUCCUCUGGUGCAGAAGCCCAGUGUGGCUGGAGUUUUGGGCAGUGCCAAGGGCAAAGAGAAGCAGCUCCCGGAACAGCAAGCAGCCCUGGAUGAAGACAAGCCGUGGUUCUCUAUUUUCCCCAUUGACAACGAAGAGCUGGUCUAUGGCCGUUGGGAAGACAACAUCAUCUGGGACGAUGAGGCAAUGGAGGCUGUUUUGGCUCCGCCCGUCCUGACCCUUGACCCAAAUGAUGAAAAUAUAAUCCUAGAAAUUCCUGAUGAGAAGGAAGAGAUGACCUUGAAUUCUCCUUCCAAGGAGAAUAAGAAAGAGUCUUCCCUAAAGAAGAGCCGGAUCCUCUUGGGCAAAACGGGAGUCAUUAAGGAAGAGCCUCAGCAGAAUAUGUCUCAGCCAGAGGUGAAGGACCCCUGGAAUCUAUCAAACGACGAGUUUUACUAUCCCAAGCAGCAAGGGCUUCGUGGAACCUUUGGAGGCAACAUCAUCCAGCACUCGAUCCCUGCGGUGGAGCUUCGGCAGCCCUUCUUCCCCACCCACAUGGGCCCUAUGAAGCUGCGUCAGUUCCAUCGGCCGCCCUUGAAGAAAUACUCCUUUGGGGCCUUGUCCCAGCCUGGUCCCCAUUCGGUGCAGCCCCUGCUGAAGCACAUCAAGAAGAAAGCCAAGAUGAGAGAACAGGAGCGUCAGGCCUCUGGCGGCGGGGAGAUGUUCUUCAUGCGCACCCCGCAAGACCUCACCGGCAAGGACGGCGACCUCAUCCUGGCAGAGUACAGUGAGGAGAACGCCCCCUUAAUGAUGCAGGUUGGGAUGGCGAGCAAGAUCAAGAACUACUACAAGCGGAAACCGGGCAAGGAUCCUGGGGCCCCCGACUGCAAAUACGGAGAGACGGUGUACUGCCACACCUCCCCCUUCUUGGGCUCUCUUCACCCCGGCCAGCUGCUCCAGGCAUUUGAAAACAACCUCUUCCGGGCUCCGAUCUACCUUCACAAGAUGCCUGAAACAGACUUCCUGAUUAUCCGGACACGACAAGGUUAUUAUAUCCGGGAGCUUGUGGACAUCUUUGUCGUCGGACAGGAGUGUCCUCUCUUUGAAGUGCCUGGGCCCAACUCCAAACGGGCCAAUACUCACAUCCGAGACUUCCUGCAGGUCUUCAUAUAUCGCCUGUUCUGGAAGAGCAGAGACCGACCCCGUAGGAUUCGCAUGGAAGACAUUAAGAAGGCGUUUCCAUCCCACUCCGAGAGCAGCAUCCGCAAGCGGCUGAAGCUCUGCGCAGACUUCAAGCGCACGGGGAUGGACUCCAACUGGUGGGUUCUAAAGCCAGAUUUCCGCCUCCCAACUGAAGAGGAGAUAAGAGCAAUGGUGUCUCCAGAGCAGUGCUGCGCGUAUUACAGCAUGAUCUCCGCCGAGCAGCGCUUGAAGGACGCAGGUUAUGGGGAGAAAUCCUUUUUUGCCCCGGAAGAAGAAAACGAGGAGGACUUCCAGAUGAAGAUAGAUGAUGAGGUGCGCACGGCCCCCUGGAACACUACACGGGCCUUUAUUGCAGCCAUGAAGGGGAAAUGUCUCCUGGAAGUGACUGGAGUGGCAGAUCCAACCGGAUGCGGAGAAGGAUUCUCCUACGUGAAGAUCCCAAACAAGCCAACGCAGCAGAAGCAGGAUGACAAGGAGCCACAACCCGUGAAGAAGACGGUGACCGGGACGGAUGCGGAUCUCCGGCGCCUGUCUCUCAAAAAUGCCAAGCAGCUUCUGCGCAAGUUUGGAGUUCCAGAAGAGGAGAUCAAGAAGCUCUCCCGCUGGGAGGUGAUUGACGUUGUGCGCACCAUGUCCACGGAGCAGGCCCGCUCGGGUGAAGGCCCUAUGAGCAAAUUUGCCCGUGGGUCUCGCUUCUCCGUAGCAGAACACCAGGAGAGGUACAAAGAGGAGUGCCAGCGCAUCUUUGAUUUGCAAAACAAAGUCCUGGAAUCCACAGAGAUCUUAUCCACAGACACCGACAGCAGUUCUGCCGAGGACAGCGACUUUGAGGAGAUGGGGAAGAACAUUGAGAACAUGCUGCAGAACAAGAAGACCAGCUCCCAGCUGUCCCGGGAGAGGGAGGAGCAGGAGCGGAAAGAGCUGCAGAGGAUGCUCAUGGGGGAGGACAGCGGCAACGACAAGGAGAGGAGCAAGAAGGACAGGAGGGACAAGAAAGGACUCUCCUCCACCCCAGGCAACUUGGGCGGCUCCCACAAAGAUGAUGACACGGCCUCAGUGACCAGCCUCAAUUCCUCUGCCACCGGUCGCCGCUUGAAAAUCUACCGCACUUUUUGUGACGAGGAUGGGAAGGAGUACGUGAGAUGCGAGACGGUCCGCAAGCCCUCGGUCAUUGAUGCCUACAGCAGAAUACGGACCACCAAGGAUGAUGAAUUCAUCCGCAAGUUUGCCCUCUUCGAUGAGCAGCAUCGGGAGGAGAUGCGCAAGGAGAGGCGCCGGAUCCAGGAGCAGCUGAGACGGCUCAAGCGAAACCAAGAGAAGGAAAAACUGAAGGGUCCCCCGGAGAAGAAGCCCAAGAAGAUGAAGGAGCGGCCGGACCUGAAGUUAAAGUGUGGUGCUUGCGGUGCCAUCGGGCACAUGAGGACCAACAAGUUCUGCCCCCUCUACUACCAAACCAAUGCUCCGCCCUCCAACCCUGUGGCCAUGACAGAGGAGCAGGAGGAGGAGCUGGAGAAGACGGUCAUUCCCAAUGAUAAUGAAGAGCUGAUCAAAGUGGAGGGCACCAAGAUUGUCCUGGGGAAGCAGCUAAUUGAGAGUGCGGAUGAAGUACGCCGGAAGUCCCUAGUCCUGAAGUUCCCAAAACAGCAGCUCCCACCAAAGAAGAAACGGCGUGUUGGAACCACGGUUCAUUGUGACUACUUAAACCGACCUCACAAAUCCAUCCACCGCCGACGCACAGACCCCAUGGUGACGCUGUCCUCCGUCCUGGAAGGCAUUAUCAACGAAAUGCGAGAUCUUCCCAACACAUACCCCUUCCACCAGCCCGUUAAUGGGAAGGUGGUCAAAGACUAUUACAAGAUCAUCACGAAGCCAAUGGACCUGCAGACCCUGCGCGAGAACGUCCGCAAACGCCUCUACCCGUCUCGCGAGGAGUUCCGAGAACAGCUGGAGCUGAUUGUCAAGAACAGCGCAACGUACAACGGGCCAAAACACUCCUUGACCCAGAUUUCUCAGUCGAUGCUGGACCUCUGUGAUCAGAAGCUAAAAGAGAAGGAAGAUAAACUGGCUCGUUUAGAGAAGGCCAUUAACCCACUUCUGGAUGACGAUGACCAAGUAGCCUUCUCCUUUAUUCUGGACAACAUUGUCACUCAGAAGAUGAUGGUUGUUCCUGACUCUUGGCCCUUUCAUCACCCUGUUAAUAAGAAAUUCGUGCCAGAUUAUUACAAAGUCAUUGUCAGCCCGAUGGACCUGGAGACGAUUCGCAAGAAUAUCUCCAAACACAAAUAUCAGAACCGAGAAGUCUUUCUGGAUGACGUGAACUUAAUCCUUGCCAACAGCAUCAAAUACAAUGGGCCCGACAGCCUAUACACAAAAACCGCUCAGGAGAUAGUGAACAUCUGUUACCAGACGCUAGCGGAGUAUGAUGAGCACUUGACCCAGCUAGAGCGGGAUAUCUCUACUGCAAAGGAAGCAGCUCUGGAGGAGGCAGACCUGGAGAGCCUCGAGCCGAUGACGCCUGGGCCCUACACGCCUCAGCCGCCAGAUCUGUAUGACACGAACACCUCUCUCAGCAUGUCCCGUGAUGCCUCUGUCUAUCAAGAUGAGAGCAAUCUGUCUGCUAUGGACACUCCCACAACUACCCCUGAGAAGCAGGGAACACAGAUGCGGCAGGGCCGAGGUAGGCUGGGCGAGGAAGACUCUGACGUAGAUAUUGAAGGGUUUGAUGAGGAUGAGGAUGGGAAACCUAAGACACCAGCCCCAGAAGUGGACGAUGCAGAUGGAGACCUGGCCGACGAGGAAGAAGGCUUAGCCCAGCAGCCUCAGGCCAGCGUGCUUUACGAAGACUUGCUCAUGUCAGAUGGAGAGGAUGAUGAUUGCAGUGACGAGGAAGGUGACAAUCCUUUCUCAUCUAUUCAGCUCAGUGAAAGUGGGAGUGAUUCAGAUGUGGAGUCCAGUGCAAUGCGACCCAAACACCCUCAUGUCCUUCAAGAGAAUACACGGAUGGGCAUGGAUAAUGAGGAGAGUAUGAUGUCCUACGAGGGAACAGGAGGGGAGACUUCACAUGCUUUGGAGGACAGCAAUGCAAGUUACGGCAGCUAUGAGGAACCGGAUCCAAAGUCCAAUACCCGAGAUACAAGUUUCAGCAGCAUUGGAGGUUAUGAGAUCUCUGAAGAGGAAGAAGAGGAGGAGGAGGAAGAACAACGGUGCGGUCCUAGCGUCUUAAGUCAAGUGCAUCUGUCAGAGGAUGAGGAAGAUAGUGAGGACUUCCAUUCCAUUGCAGGCGAUAGUGAUCUGGAUUCAGAUGAAUAAGGUCCCCUUGUAGGGGAAUAUUAAUCUGCAGCCAGGACUUGAUGUACAGAUUUUCCAUUGAUCUUGACUGAAAUGUGGAAUGGGACAAUCUGCGCUGCUAAAGUGAGAGAGACACUUGUUCUUGCUUCAUUUUUAAAGAAUCAGUAUUGUGUGCUUGUGUAUGCGUGAGUGUGUACAUUUAUUUUGUGCCUAUUAACUGAAUAAUAUUUUUUAUGCAAGGAAUCCUGCUAAAGUUUCCAUUUUUUUGCCAGUAAAUGCAGCUGCUGUAUAUUUGCGAAGUAGAGUGCAUUAAUUCAUCCCUGACAUAGCUGGAAAAAAAUAUGUUGCAAACUUGAUGGAGUUUAAACAUACCUGCCCAUGAAGUCCUUUUGUUCCCAAUUGAGAAUGUUUCUACACUGUAUUUACAGUUCAGGAACAGGUAUGUUGAAGCCCUUGCCCAAGCUGUGAAUUAAACCUUUUUGUGUAAA